AUGCCGUUCCAGGGAGCCAGGUUCAGUAUGAGGAACAGAUGGAACGGCACUCUGGACGGCACGCUGGACAGCACGCUGGACAGCACACGGACCCUGUACUCCUGUGUGUCUCGGAGCACAGACGUCUCCUACAGCGAAAGUGACUUGGCGAAUUUUAUUCAAGCAAAUUUUAAGAAACGGGAAUGUGUCUUCUUUACCAAAGACUGCAAGGCCACGGAAAACCUGUGCAAGUGUGGCUACACUCAGAACCAGCACAUAGAAGGCACCCAGAUCAACCAGAACGAGAGAUGGAAUUAUAAGAAACACACCAAGGAAUUUCCCACGGAUGCCUUUGGGGAUAUUCAGUUUGAGACACUGGGGAAGAAAGGAAAGUAUAUCCGUUUGUCCUGUGACACGGACCCAGAGACCCUCUAUGACCUGCUGACCCAGCACUGGCAACUGAAAACGCCCAACCUUGUCAUUUCUGUGACCGGCGGCGCCAAAAACUUCGCCCUGAAGCCACGCAUGCGCAAGAUCUUCAGCCGGCUGAUCUACAUCGCGCAGUCAAAAGGGGCUUGGAUUCUCACAGGAGGCACACACUAUGGCCUGAUGAAGUAUAUCGGGGAGGUGGUGAGAGACAACACCAUCAGCAGGAACUCUGAGGAGAACAUUGUGGCCAUUGGCAUAGCAGCUUGGGGCAUGGUCUCCAACCGAGACACCCUCAUCAGGAACUGCGAUGCUGAGGGAUAUUUUUUAGCCCAGUACAUUAUGGAUGACUUCACGAGGGACCCUCUGUAUAUCUUGGACAACAACCACACCCAUCUGCUGCUUGUGGACAACGGCUGCCACGGACACCCCACGGUUGAAGCAAAGCUUCGGAAUCAGUUAGAGAAGUACAUCUCCGAGCGCACAAUUCAUGAUUCCAAUUACGGUGGUAAAAUCCCCAUUGUGUGUUUUGCCCAAGGAGGUGGAAGAGAGACCUUGAAAGCCAUCAAUGCCUCCAUCAAAAGUAAAAUUCCUUGCGUGGUGGUGGAGGGUUCGGGCCAGAUUGCGGACAUCAUUGCAAGUCUGGUAGAGGUGGAGGACGUCCUGACAUCGUCCAUCAUCAAGGAGAAGUUGGUGCGCUUUCUGCCCCGCACAGUGUCCCGGCUGCCGGAGGAGGAAAUGGAGAGUUGGAUCAAAUCACUCAAAGAAAUCCUUGAAAGUGCUCACCUGUUAACGGUUAUUAAAAUGGAAGAAGCUGGGGAUGAGAUUGUGAGCAAUGCCAUUUCCUACGCUCUGUACAAAGCCUUCAGCACCAACGAACAGGAUAAGGAUAACUGGAAUGGGCAGCUGAAGCUUCUGCUGGAGUGGAACCAGCUGGACCUGGCCAGUGAUGAGAUUUUCACCAAUGACCGCCGAUGGGAGUCUGCUGACCUUCAAGAAGUCAUGUUUAUGGCUCUCAUAAAAGACAGACCCAAGUUUGUCCGCCUCUUUCUGGAGAAUGGCUUGAACCUGAGGAAGUUUCUCACCAACGAUGUCCUCACAGAGCUCUUCUCCCACCACUUCAGCACUCUUGUGUAUCGGAACCUGCAGAUUGCAAAGAAUUCCUAUAAUGACGCCCUUCUCACAUUUGUUUGGAAGCUGGUUGCAAACUUCCGUAGAGGCUUCCGGAAGGAAGACAGAAAUAGCAGAGAUGAGAUGGACAUAGAAAUCCACGAUGUGUCUCCUAUUACCCGGCACCCCCUGCAAGCGCUCUUCAUCUGGGCCAUUCUUCAGAACAAGAAGGAGCUCUCCAAGGUCAUUUGGGAACAGACCAAAGGCUGCACUCUGGCAGCCCUGGGGGCCAGCAAGAUCCUGAAGACCUUGGCCAAGGUGAAGAACGACAUCAACGCGGCCGGGGAGUCGGAGGAGCUGGCGAACGAGUAUGAGACCCGGGCGGUCGAGUUGUUCACGGAGUGUUACAGCAGCGACGAAGAGUUGGCUGAACAACUGCUGGUUUAUUCCUGUGAAGCUUGGGGUGGAAGCAACUGCUUGGAGCUGGCAGUGGAGGCAACAGACCAGCAUUUCAUCGCCCAGCCUGGGGUGCAGAAUUUUCUUUCCAAGCAAUGGUACGGAGAGAUUUCCCGAGACACCAAGAACUGGAAGAUUAUCCUGUGUCUGUUUAUUAUACCUUUGGUCGGCUGUGGCUUCGUUUCAUUUAGGAAGAAACCCAUCGACAAGCACAAGAAGCUCCUUUGGCACUAUGUGGCAUUCUUCACCUCUCCCUUUGUGGUCUUCUCCUGGAACGUGGUCUUCUACAUCGCCUUCCUCCUGCUGUUUGCCUACGUGCUGCUCAUGGAUUUUCAUUCGGUGCCGCAUUACCCCGAGCUGGUCCUCUACGCACUGGUCUUUGUCCUGUUCUGUGAUGAAGUCCGGCAGUGGUACAUGAAUGGGGUGAACUACUUUACUGACCUGUGGAAUGUGAUGGACACGCUUGGGCUUUUUUACUUCAUAGCAGGGAUUGUAUUUCGGCUCCACCCCUCCAAUAAAAGCUCUUUGUAUUCUGGACGAGUCAUUUUUUGCCUGGAUUACAUUAUAUUCACUCUGAGGUUGAUCCAUAUUUUCAUCGUAAGCAGAAACUUGGGACCCAAGAUUAUCAUGUUGCAGAGGAUGAUGAUCGACGUGUUCUUCUUCCUGUUCCUCUUUGCGGUGUGGAUGGUGGCCUUCGGCGUGGCCAGGCAGGGGAUCCUGAGGCAGAAUGAGCACCGCUGGAAGUGGAUCUUCCGCUCGGUCAUCUACGAACCCUACCUGGCCAUGUUUGGCCAGGUACCCAGUGACGUGGACGGCACCUCGUACGACUUUGCCCAUUGCACCUUCACUGGGAACGAGUCCAAGCCGCUGUGCGUAGAGCUGGAUGAGCAGAACCUGCCCCGCUUCCCUGAGUGGAUCACCAUCCCCCUGGUGUGCAUCUACAUGCUCUCCACCAACAUCCUGCUGGUCAACCUCCUGGUCGCCAUGUUUGGCUACACAGUGGGCACCGUCCAGGAGAACAAUGACCAGGUCUGGAAGUUCCAGAGGUACUUCCUGGUGCAGGAGUACUGCAGCCGCCUGAAUAUUCCCUUCCCCUUUGUCGUCUUCGCUUACUUCUACAUGGUGGUGAAGAAAUGCUUCAGGUGUUGCUGCAAGGAGCAGAAGGUGGAAUUUUCUGCUUGCUGUGUCACGAAUGAGGACAACAAGACUCUGGCAUGGGAGGGCGUCAUGAAGGAAAAUUACCUCGUCAAGAUCCACACGAAAGCCAGCGACACCUCCGAGGAAAUGAGGCAUCGGUUUCGACAGCUGGAUACAAAGCUUAAUGAUCUCAAGGGCCUUCUGAAAGAGAUAGCUAAUAAGAUCAAAUGAAAC